CAGAGUCGCCAGAUGAGAGGGCCGCCUACGCCUAACAUGCCAACGCCGGCAGCUGAUUUCGAUCAACAGCUGACGGGGUCGGCUCCCGAUCCGCCAACUCCAGCCGCGUCUCCUGGACCUGCGCACUGCCAGCCAGACUGGAGCAAUGCUGCCGACGACGAAGACUUCUUCCUGGCCAAGGUCCGACAGCAUUUUCAGAAUUCUUCCGGUCCUCAGCGGACCAGAAUCCUGGCUGAUCUGUUGAAUCUCUGCACGAGCCAACAGCUUAGCUUUGUUCACCAAUUUGUCAGCCCGUUGUUGAAAAAGGACCCGUUUACCAGUCUUCCAGACGAGCUAUGUUUACGGAUAUUGUCAUUCAUUGACGAUCCCAAAGUCCUGGCGCGAUCGUCGCAAGUCUCAAAGCGUUGGCGAGAUCUCCUGAGCGAUGACAUGACGUGGAAGAACCUUUGCGAGAAGCACGAUUAUGGUCGCCGAAUGUCCGAGGUCUCGCCCUCGGCGCCAAUCAUGACGACGCGAUCCUCGGCCUACGCUGUAGAUGUCGAUAGCGAAAUGUCCAGUAGUUUCCCGGGAGCCUUCCCCUUCACAUCGCACGCCUCUAAUGCGAUGAGUUUCGAGAGCAGGAGGCCCAAGAUACGUUCAUACAAGUCUCACUUCAAGCAGAGAUACCUGGUGGAAGCGGCUUGGAGAUCUGGCGGCACAAGCAUCAGCCGCAACAUCACACAAGAAGGAGGCGUGGUUACCAGUUUGCAUUUGACGCAAAAGUACAUUAUUGUCGCACUCGACAACGCCAAAAUUCACGUUUUCGACACAGAUGGCAACUCCAUGAGGACUUUACAGGGUCAUGUUAUGGGAGUCUGGGCCAUGGUGCCCUGGGGGGACACCAUGGUCAGCGGUGGAUGCGAUCGCGAUGUGCGCGUGUGGGACUUGAAGACUGGUGCCUGUUUACACACAUUGCGAGGUCACACAUCGACCGUUCGAUGCCUGAAGAUGGCCGAUGCUAAUACCGCCAUUUCUGGUUCUCGAGAUACAACGCUGCGCAUCUGGGAUAUCCGCACCGGUCUAUGCAAGAACGUCCUUGUCGGACACCAGUCAAGUGUACGGUGCCUAGAGAUCAAGGGCGACAUUGUAGUAUCCGGAAGCUACGAUACGUUUGCCAGAGUCUGGAGCAUCUCCGAGGGACGAUGCUUGCAGACACUGCAAGGACAUUUUAGCCAGAUUUAUGCUAUUGCAUUUGACGGCAAGAGGGUGGCGACUGGGAGCUUGGAUACUAACGUUCGAGUCUGGGACCCCAUGACUGGAGAAUGCCUUGCCAUUCUCCAGGGCCAUACAUCUCUUGUCGGGCAGCUGCAGAUGAGAGGCGAUACUCUAGUGACGGGUGGCUCUGACGGUUCAGUCAGAGUCUGGUCUCUAGAAAAGAUGUGCCCUAUCCAUCGCCUUGCUGCCCAUGACAAUAGCGUCACAAGCUUGCAAUUCGACGAUACUCGAGUUGUUAGCGGAGGAAGCGACGGCCGAGUUAAGAUUUGGGAUCUCAAGACAGGCCACCUGGUGCGCGAGCUGAUUGCUCAAUGCGAAGCGGUUUGGCGCGUUGCUUUUGAGGAUGAGAAGUGUGUCGCAUUGACACUGAGGCAAGGUCGCACAGUAAUGGAGGUUUGGUCAUUCUCUCCUCCUGAAGAGAUGCUUUAUGAUCGCCCUUUUUCGCUUCAGCAGCGCGUCCUCGAAGACGACCCCGACCGCCCAAUGAGCGCCAUGGCGUUUGAUUACCGGGGCAGCGAUGUGUCAAUGGCUGGCCUGGGUCGAGAGGCUUCUCAAGACUUGAGUAUGGUGGACGCUGGCCCGUCGACAGCUCCGCUCCAAGGAGGCAACAUGACUUUUUUCCACGAAAAUUAAGCAGUGAAUAUCCCCUAUACGGUUUGUUUUAAUGCGACCUGAUUCGGCUGGCGCAAUGAUGGGAGCUGUUUUUUUUUUUUUUUUUGCUCUUACAGUGAAAGAGAAGAAGUUGGAAUCAAGCAGGAUUCGAAUAAUGACGGAGUCAAGUUGUUUGAGCGGCUGGCUCGCCCGCUUUGACUUUUAUAUACAUGGCGCGCGGUUCAGGUUAUAGAUCGCGGCGUGGAUCUUGUGGGAAGCAUAUUUCAUGGCGUUGCUGCAUCAUUUUGGAACUUCGUGUAUAGCUGGAAGAAAUCGCAUCACAUAUGGGCAUGACGAUGGGGAUGUUUAUCAAUUUGAAAACGACAGGGUCGUGGAGCUUUAUUUCUUUUUUUUUUCUCUUUUUAUGCUGCAGAAGAUUGGUUUUUGAUAUUUUUCUUACAAGAUGCGCCAGCAUGGCCGGAAUUCUGGGCGUCUAUAGUAGCUCUAGCGAUAAUACCAGUGAAUAUAGGAUUAGGUAGAGGUAGGCUCGAUGCGACAAGUGAUGCGACAAGGAGGGAGAGGGCCAAUUAUAUCUUCAUAGCCUCUCUAGAUUAGAAUAAUCAUACCCAUCUAUCCAAUUUUGAACUGCACAUUAAAUGGCGUUUUGCCAAGAUGGAUUUCGUCAAGCUGGUAGAUUUGAGUGGAUACUGAGAGUCGUACCUACCUUGGCAAGCUUGGUAGCCACAUGGCGAAGAAGCGUCAUUGACGUC